UAAUCACGCACACUAAUCUUGAUUAUCGGAUCAUUAUCUCCAUAUUUUUAUUUUUCUGCAGCUGUUAGAUUUCACUUUUGAGCAGAAAAACGCGAUUAAACGAUGUCGUUUACGGGAACUCUCGACAAAUGCCAGGCGUGCGACAAGACUGUUUAUGUCGUUGAUAUGAUGUCUAUUGAAGGUGUUCCGUAUCAUAAAUCUUGCUUCAGAUGCAGUCAUUGCAAAGGACCUCUUGUGAUGAGUAACUACUCGUCGAUGGAUGGAGUGGUGUACUGCAAGACGCAUUUUGAGCAAUUAUUUAAGGAAUCGGGGAAUUUUAGCAAGAAUUUUCAAACAGGGAAGACGGAGAAGCAUCAUGAAACGUCGAAGGCACCUCCCAGCAAAUUGUCUUCCAUGUUCUGUGGAACUCAAGACAAAUGUGCUGGUUGCGGAAAAACAGUAUAUCCUCUCGAGAAGGUGACGAUGGAAGCGGAUUGUUUUCACAAGACAUGCUUCAAGUGUGCACACGGAGGAUGUCCACUGACACAUUCAUCAUAUGCGUCUCUCGACGGAGUUUUAUACUGCAAGCAUCACUUUGCUCAGCUUUUCAUGGAGAAAGGCACCUAUAGCCAUGUGCUUCAGGCCGCUUCCCAUCACCGGAGAUCAGCGUCCUCCUCCACACCACCUCCAGAAAUGACUGAGCCAAUAGAAGAUGGUGCACCUGCUGCUGAAGAUAAUUAACCACUCUUUAAACAUACAUAUAUACACACAUGCACAGCACAGUAAAAAUAUAUAUAAUGGUUCAUAAAUUUCUUUGCAUCAUUUACUUUUAUCAUCAAGUUGUCCUAAAAAAUGGUUUGAUCUAAUGAUCUUUGUUGGCAGAUGCAGCCAGCCUGUUGAGUGAUUGAUUUUUUUCUUCUUUUUUUGUGUAAUUUGUUACCACAUUUGUUCCUGGAUUUUCUUUAUUUAUAUUAUUGAUACCAUAUAUUGAAUUUUGCUCCA